CUCUAUGUCAUAUCAAUAUGUCAAAUUGUAUUAUUAACGUCGUAUAUCGUAUAAAAAUAAAUCGUUAAUUAGUGCUCCACGAAAAGUUGGCUUUUUCUUCAUUUUAGAAAAGCAUCUUUUCAUCUUGAGAAAUAAUAAAAAACAUCAGUUAUGAGCAAACUUUGCAGACAGGUUUCGAUUGAGUCUCCAGGACCGACGCUUAGGGAGUGUGUGUUCAGUUUUGAUGUACCCGUCCCAGAUGUGCCUAUGUAUGGUGCAAGAAUUCGAGUAGUUUAUGCAGGUGCUUGCUACAGAGUCACUCGCACUCGUUCCACGUCCAUGUGUAGCACAUCUUCUGUUUCAUCUAUUGAAAGUUUGCCCAGAGAGAUGGAUAGCUAUGGAAGUCACACUUCUACGCCGGCUCACAUUGGCCUGCGGGAUGGUGCUCUCUUCCCUGGAUAUGAAGUGGCUGGUAUCGUUGAUGCCAUUGGAAAAGCUGCAGAGUGUACAGAUGGAAUAACAGUUGGAUCAAGAAUUGUUUUGUAUCCGUACGAAGGUGUACCACAUGGAUAUGCUGAAUAUAUCGUGGUGCCUGACUUUAAGUGCUUAGUACCAGUACCGGAGCAACUACCCCUUAGUAUUGCUGCAAUGUUGCCGACUGGUGCUUUACUUGCAACAAAUACAGUACAAACAGCUUGCGAGUGCUUAAAAACUAUUUUGGAGGGUCCCAACCAGAAAGAUAAUGCUACAGUCCUAAUAGUGGGAACUGGAGGACUAGCACUUUGGGCUUUGCGUAUCGCGACGCAUUACUUCCGACAGUUGCCGUAUCAUAACCGCAUCCGCAUAUCAGUUGCAACGUUGAAAGACGAAGGAAUCAGUUUAGCCAAGGAAAACGAAGAAAUAAAGGUAGUGCAGUGGUCUGAGGAUCUCUAUGAGCGGCAGUUGAUCGAGCGUACGAUAGACGCUUGUGGUGGACCCGUGGAUGUAGUUCUCAACUUUGGAACGACAUCACGCUCGCUGCAUCGUUCUCUGCAAUGUCUUGCUCCGGGUGGUAUGGUGCUCGUGACGGAAGAUAUUGGCGAAAAGUUAAUGCCUAAAUUUGUAAAGAAAGCCGAAGAGAUGAAUGUUAAUAUUGUAAUUGUUCCAAACGGAACCAUUGAACAACUCAAGGAUAUGGUGCAAUUGGUUGCGAAAGGAGAGAUCAAACCGCCGCCCCAUUCAGUAUAUCCUGCAGAAGAGGCCCAGGAAGUAGUGAGAAAAUUGUGUAAUUCCGAAAUUAAAGGUCGCGCCAUACUUAAAUUUCACAAUAUUGAUUAGUCUUUAAUAUUUUAUACCCUAUGACCGAAACUACCUGUAGUUAUGAUUGAUAUGUUAGUAUGAAGAAUUUAAAAUUCAGAUACUAAAUGAACGAGUAGAUGUUUAAUUUUUGAAUGUGUUUAAAUAUCAACAAACAAACACUAAUUUGUGUUUAAUUCAAAUAUUUUUUGUUUAAUUAGUGUAUAAAAAUAUUUUAUCAAAUUAAUACAGUAAUACCCUGCUUACUUGCUAUACUUUUAUAAUAAUACGUUUCUAAAAUUAUUUACAAAUACAAUUUAUUUUUGUUAAUAAUCCAUAUUCAUUGUUACUUUGGCUUCUAUAAAUAUGAAUCGUAAGUUGAAUAUGUUCAAAUAUUUAAUUGGUGUAGUGUACCCGGCGAUAAUUAUUUCAUACAUUAUCUCUAUUGGUCUGUAGAUUGUUAAACAAAUGAUUUACCAAUGUCACAAAUUAUGUUUUUGAAAAAAUAUUAACAUUAGAUAAACUGAGAUAAAAGGUAAAUAAACAUUUUAUACGAACUUUGAGAUGUCUUGGGAUACAUUAUAAUACAAUGAUUCAUAUAUUAUUUUAUAUUACUUGUAAUAAUAUGUUUCUAGUAUUUUAAAAUUUUAUUCUUCAUUUCACAAAUGCGCACAGAAAAUACACAAGUUUUUCAUCAUUUCAAAAUAUUUGUUACAAUUUUUUUUUAUGAAAAACGUCAUACAACGUGUGACUACGGCAUGAUAUAAUUAAAGCUUGUAAGGUAAUACAUGUGUAUGUUCUGCAAUAGUGCGGUUACUGCAAAAAACAACUGAUCUAUUGUCCCUUUUAAAAUAAUUUUGUGUAACUAUAUUAUUUUAUAUUCCAGUAUAUCUUGUAUACAAUAUUUAUGUAAUUGAUAUUUUUUAAAUUUGUCUACCUACUGCCAUCGCUACAAAUUACAAAUAGGUAUAUAUACAAAACACAUUUAUAAAAAUGUGAACUAUUUCGAACCUUUUAUCGCAGUAUUCUUAUGUAUUAUUUGAGAAUCAUUAUGCAGCAGUUGCUUUAAAUACAUUAUGCUAAGAUUUCAA